GUCGGCACCGAGUUUGGAGAGUGCGGAACGGCCAGCGGAAUGGCGACUGGAAGCACUGCGGGAGUUGAUGAAGAUCCAUCAAUUGGAUGCAUACUUCGUGACCAGUGAGGAUGCGCAUGCUUCAGAAUAUGUUUGUUCCGCAGACGAACGGAGAAGCUUCUUGACGGGAUUCUCAGGCAGUGCAGGCAGCGCGCUGGUCACUGCUGAGAAAGCGCUCCUUUGGACAGACAGCCGUUAUUUCCUGCAAGCAGAAAAGCAGCUGGCAGGAACCGAAUGGGUGCUGAUGCGUCAGUUUCAGCCUGGCGUACCAGAGUUCUCUGACUGGGCCCUUGAGCACCUCAAGGGUAAAUGUGUUGGAGUAGAUCCUCGUUUCAUUUCAGCAGAGACCUCAGAGGACUGGACAUCAAAGUGGGGUUCAUCUGUUCAGUUGAAGGAAAUAGGCACCAACUUGGUGGAUGCUAUUUGGACAACUCGUCCAGAAGAUCCUUGCAAUGCUGUCCAAGUACAUCCCUUGAACCUAGCGGGUGAGACAAUCGAGAGCAAGCUGAAACGGCUACGAGAAGCAAUCAGUGCCGAAGGAGCUAGUGUCAUUUUACUUAGCGCAUUGGAUCAAAUAGCAUGGCUCUUCAAUCUGAGAGGCUCAGACAUUGAAUACAAUCCAGUGUUUUUUUGCCUAUGCCGCAGUGUUUCAAAACACCGCCAUACUAUUUCUUCGGUGCUUGGAUGCAAGUGA